CAUUGACACAUCUAGGCAGCGUAAUCUCGGAGUCAUGGUGGAGAGGAGUGGGGGAAUUACGUUCGCUGAUAGCCAGUUCGUCUCGCUCUGUUCCUCGUAGUCUCCGUUGCGCAACGCGUCACGGGCCCGCCUUGGUACAAGGCGUAAACUCUGUUAUUCUCAGGUGGCCAAUGUGCCGAAUCAUCUGUACACUGAUCAUCUGUACACCGCACCGUCUGCCAGCGGCAGCGCCAGCACUGCUCGCAGUGAAGGGAACGCUUGUGGAGUGAAUGAGGCGAUUCAGCUGUGAAGCUUCGAAUAUGAAUCCGUGAAACCAGCCGCUCCGAUAAAAAAAGGUGUUUCCCGAAAUGCGCGGCAUUUUCACAAUAACGGACGUCUGCAUCUUCGCUGUCACCGUCGCAACAUGUGCGUAUGUAUACCUUUGGAUCCAGCUGAAGACCUUCUCCAGACGGGGGGUAGUGGCGCUCCCGGCCUACCCUGUGGUGGGAAGCUUGGGGCCUGUCAUCUUCCGCAAGAUAUCGUUCUCCGAGCAAGUCGGAAACCUGUACAAACUCCUCAAGGGUCACAGAUUCGGAGGACUUUUCGAGUUCCUGAAGCCCGUACUGAUGCUGAGAGAUCCGGACCUUAUAAAACUCAUCACUGUGAAGGAUUUUGACCAUUUCGUCGACAGGCAUAAGCCCAUUACUGAAGAAUGUGAUGAUAUGUUUGGGAAGAGUGUGUUUGGUCUAGAAGCUAAGACGGGCAAGAUGCUGGUGGUGGAGAUGAAGGACCUGUGGGGGCGGUACGCCAACGACGUGAUCGCCACCGCGGGCUUCGGCGUGCAGGUGGACUCGCUGCGCGACCCGGACAACGAGAUGCUCGCCAACCUGCUGCACGUGCCGCUGAUGCCGUUCAAAGUGAAGGCGUUCGUGCGCGACCUGGUGGAGCAGGCCAUCACGAUGCGCGAGCGGGAGGACGUGGCGCGGCCCGACGUCAUCCACCUGCUGAUGCGGCGCCGCGCCUCCGACGCCAGCGCGGGUGCGCGCCCCCCGCCCCCGCCCUCGUACGACCGCAAGCCCCGCGAGGAGGCGCCAGGGCUGAACAACGAGGACAUCGCGGCGCAGGUGAUGGUGUUCUUCCUGGCGGGCUUCGAGACGACGUCCACGCUGCUCAGCUUCAUGUCGAACCGCCUGGCGGUGCUGCCCGGCAUCCAGGAGCGCCUGCGCAGGGAGGUGGACGAGACCCUGCAGCGCCACGGCGGCCGCGUCACCUACGAGGCCGUGCAAGAGAUGAAGUACCUCGACAUGGUCAUCUCGGAGACGCUGCGCAUGUACCCGCCGGUGGAGGUGCUGGACCGGAAGUGCGUGCGGCGCUACGUGAUCCCGGCGUCGGCCACGGACCCGGAAGUGGUGCUGGAGCCGGGCGACGCCGUGUGGGUGCCCAUCUACGGGCUGCACCACGACCCGGCCCACUGGCCCGACCCGGACGCCUUCGACCCCGAGCGCUUCAGCGACGAGAACAAGGCCAACAUCACGCCCUUCACCUUCCUGCCCUUCGGAUCCGGCCCGCGCAACUGCAUAGGUCUACGCUUCGCCAUAAUGGAGGUGAAGGUGGCGGUGAUGUACCUGCUGGCGCACUUCGAGCUGCGGGUGGUGGAGCGCACGCCCAUCGACCUCCACCUGUCGACCAACACCUUCAACAUCACCGUCGACGGUGGCUUCUGGCUGGGCAUCGAGCCGCGCCGCCGACCCGCACCUGCGCCCGCGUAA